CCCAGUCGUGUCAGCAAAUGGUGUUGCUGUGUUGUACGAUGGCUACGCGACUUUUAAGGAGGAAGGCAACAUCUUCACUUAUUCCUACGUGAACGGGGUCGGCUACUUGUCAACGAAUGGAGAUAAGGAAAACAUCCAGUGUGUUCCAUCAUCUACGUUUCCAUUUAACGCCAUCCUACCUGCACUGAACGAUGCGACGCCCAAUUCAAGUGCGUCAAUCGGCGACGAAGCGGUCGAGUGCGCGAGUGGAAACCUGUUUAAAACAACGUUUGCUGGAGUCCACUUUGCUAUCUGCGUGACAGGCGAGUCUGAAUUUAUUGCAUACAGCACGAUCGACGUCGAGUAUUUGGAGAAACCUGUAAAGAUUCCGAGGACAGAAGAAGCCACUUGUACUGCCGUGGCUACACUGACAUCUUUGACUCCAACAGCGUUAGCACUUAUAACUGGAGGGAUCAUCCCGACGUGUAUUAAUAACACGAGACUGCUCAAGGUUGCAGAGCACAUGUCGAUGGAAGCGUCUUCGUGUAAGUGUAAGUCUACGCCUCCGGGCGGUAGGAUGGGGAACAUGAACAGACACGCUCCUUGCUGUUCUACCGUGAAGUACGCCAUCUUGAACACCAUGGACAACAGCUGGACAAACGACACUUUGCAAAACAAAUUCUGCGACCGAGCACUCCGAUUUAGCGACAUCAGUCACGUGAAAGCAGGGAGAAUUACAGACACUGUUAUCAUCACACAUUCGAUGGCUGGACUUGUCAUGUCGAUGGCCAUGGCAACCGGUAAAUGCAAUUUCGGUAAAGGCUCGACAUGGGUGGCUUUGAGUUCUCCUAUGACUGGCAGUAUGGCUUCGGACUAUUUCCAAGACUUUUGCAGCGACGAACUCAAUGCAGCGUAUGUUACCGCUCAAAAGGCGUACCGAGAGAACUCCAUGAUGCUUGUGGCUGCAGACGUUAUCCCACACAAGUCGCCACAGAACGACGGUCUCGUGGAGUUCCAGAGCUGUGCUAAAGGUCUGGAAAAGUCCAAGUUUGGCUCGAGCUACAAGGAUACGUUCUACAAACCGCAACUGAACCACGCAGACACAGUAUUCCUGACGAGCGACGGGUGGUUCAAGGAUUCCCAGAAGCCAGCGAAAUGGUUCGAAUGCUUGUUGUAG